AUGAACCACGAAGCCGAAGAAAUGGACCCAGUCACCGCCGCCGCCGCCGCGACGAUGCCGCCGGAUGCUAAAGAUGCCGACGGUAUUUCCCCCGGGGAGGGGGCGGAGGUAGAAAACGAAGACGACUGGGGCCCCGCAUUCUUCGAGGAGGAAGAGGACUGCGUGUCCAUCCUCGCGCGGGUGCAAGAGACCCUGCAGCUGCAGGAGGACCGCGACUUGGCUCUUCCCACGGUCGCCGAAGAUCCAAACGGAGUGGCGGCAGCGUUAGACCGCCUUGAGCGCAUCAUCGCCCGCUAUCAGGAGUCCCCGCAUCUGUUGCAUGGAUACUUGGAGCUGCUGCUUGGGCCGCUUGUAACGAUGCUGCAAGGCCUUCUCCCCGCCGCUACGGAUGUCUGGAGCAUGGAAGCCUGCAUUGGGGAGGCAGAGGGGGACGAUGCGGCGGCGCAGGAGGAGCCUAACUACAAACUUGGUGCCAACUACGACGAGUAUGAUGCAGAUGCACCGAAGUCGGCCAUUCACCACGUUAGCCGCGCCAUUUACGUCGUCGUGAAAACAGCUGGUGAAAAGUGUUGUACCUCCUACUUCUCCAAUGAUGUAAGACACUGUGAGGAUGUCUUUUACGCCCUGCGUUUGUGGCAGCGGAGUGUCAAGCACCGUCGUGAGUGGGAGGUUCGCUAUUGCCUGCUGCUGUGGCUCUCCAACCUUGUGCUUGUGCCGUUUUCACUCAGUAUCAUUGACUCCGCCGACCGCGGUGGAUCCCUCUCCGACGCCGUACUUCAGACGGCCAUGGCGUUUUUGUCUGACACCUCCAAGUGUCGCGAGGGGGCUGCGCUGCUCGUCGCACGCCUCCUCACAAGGCCGGAUGGAGAGGCGCACCGGGCGCGUUUCUUUGCAUACGCCAAGGACGCCGUCACAGACCCCGCCAGUGGUAGUCUUCUGCUGCAUGGUGUGCUCCUCGCCCUCGCAAAGACGCUGAAGUGUGGGCAACGCCGUGAAUUGGCGCCCUACGCACCGGGGCUUAUCCCAGUCGUCGCCGGGGUGCUGGAGUCCCGCGGCAGUGAUGCGCUGGUGUCGAAGGCCGCCGUGAAGGUGGAGCAGCGGCUGGCGCUCGCCCUGUUGCGGGGUCGUUCGGCCCCCUGGAAAUAUCAAAGACACGUGGCGUCGCUCGACAAAAAUUUGGCCGUCAUCGAGUCUUCCGUUGCUGGAGUUGGCGUUUGUGCGGAUGCGACCUCCCCCGGCGAGGGCGACCGUCGUGGCGCCGCGGAGGGGCAAGCGGAGCUGGAGACGGCGUCUGAGGACGAGGCGGUGGUCGAAAACGACGAGGGGUUGGAAGAGUCCAUUGGCCUGAUGCUUGUGAGCCUAAGCCACAAGGACACGGUCGUACGCUGGAGCGCGGCGAAGGGCAUUGGCCGCAUUUGCGACCGGCUACCGCGGGCAAUGGCGGAAGACGUCAUCGCCGCCGUAUUAGACGUCUUCGCCAAUGAGCAUUCCGACAGCAGCUGGCAUGGCGGACUGCUUGCCGUGGCGGAGCUGUGUCGACGGAGCAUCCUGCACCCGCAGCACCUUGCCACCAUGCUUCCCCGCAUCACUCAAGGUCUGGCGUUUGACUUGAUCAAGGGAACCUACAGCGUCGGCUCGCACGUGCGGGAUGCCGCGUGCUACGCUUGUUGGUCCAUUGCCCGCGCGUACGAUGCCUCCGAUAUCGAGGCGUAUGUGCAUAGUCUCAGCACGAGCCUCGUCGUCACCUCUCUGUUUGACAGAGAAGUUCACGUCCGGCGAGCGGCGGCGGCGGCCUUCCAGGAGUGCGUUGGACGCCUUGGAAAUUUCCCGGAUGGCAUUCGCCUAGUCACGACGAUGGAUUUCUUCUCGCUUGCAUCGCUGCAGAACGCCUACCUGCAUGUUGCCCCAUUGGUGGCGGAGAAUGCAUCCUACAGGGGGCGCAUGCUUGAGGAGCUUGUGGCUAACAAGCUCCUGCACUGGGAUCGACGCGUGCGCUGCUGUGCGGCACGGGCGUUAGGCCUCCUUUCCACGCUGGAGGUAAACACGGCCGUUUGCGAAAUUGUUCCUGAGCUGUUGCGCCGUGUCACAGAUACCUCGGUGGCGACGCGCCACGGUGCCAUUCUCGGGAUAGCGGAGAUGAUUGAGGCGCUAGACGCCGCCGCGUGGCCGGAAGAAGUUCUCCUUCACUUUGCCGCGCUGACGCCCCGCGUGGAUGCCGCACGACUGUUCCGCUCUCGCGGUGGGGAGUACGUCCGGCAGGCCUGCUGCCGCCUGCUCGCCGCCGUCGCCCAUCGCCGCCUGCGUCUGCCGGAGACCGUGGAGGUGCAGAGGGUGGGGGGCGCCGUGGCGCGCGCCAAAACGCUGUGGAAGCUGCAGGAGUUCUUUGAAGACACGUGGAAGCAGAUCCUUGAGUGGCUGCAGUUCGAGGCGGCUGACGCGUACGAGGUGUUUGCGGCGACGUACUACACCGAGUUCGUGGCCCCCUUCCACCACAAGGUGCUGGAGAAGAUGUUGGACGGCAGCGGGGAGGGGCGCAACCCGAUGGAGCGCCGUGGGAAUCUUCUCGCCAUGGGCGCCCUCCCGUGGAGCGUUAUCUCUGCGGCCCCGCUCACAAGAACAGCAGCACCAGCGGCAGCAGUAGAGGGGGAGACGGCGUACUUUCUGCUGCUUCUCCGUGCCACCAUGGAGGGCACCAGGCCAGAGAAGCGGAAAGAGUUGCAAGACGCGGAGUCGCGGCGCAACGCGGUGCGUUCGCUGCGAAAAAUUAUGCUCCGCAUUCCCCCGUCGACUCCGCAGUUAACCCCCGAGUUGUACGAAUCUGCUGUGCAGCAUAUUCUGCACGCCAUGGACGACUACGCCGCAGACCGUCGCGGCGACGUCGGCUCCUUCGUACGACUGGAGGCCAUUGAUGCCCUGCCAGAUGUUGUGCGGUACGGCGUGGAUUGCGGCUGUUGUAGUCCGCAGCUGGCGCUCCGCGUAGUACAGGCGCUCCUCAAGCAAUCCAUGGAGAAGCUGGAUCGACUCCGUGGGCGGGCGGUGCACAGCCUGCUGCAGCUCGCUCAGCUCCCCGCCGUGCUACUAGACAAGGAGCGGGCACCCGACAUCGCGGUGCUUCACAAUGUCCUUUGCGAAAACACGACGGCCGAAUGGUCGCUGCCGCAGGUUGCCUUCACGACAUUGGCGCGGCCCCUGCUAGCGACGGGGUUGUUUGCGCCAUGUGUGGUGGAGGGGCUUGCGGUCUCCGCUGGGUCGCUUUCGCUGCACAUCAUGCAACCCGCGAUGGAUGCCUUUUUGCACGGCUUUCAGGCCUCCGUAGAGAAUGGCGUGCGCCUCUCGCAUGCUUUGAUUGAGGUUGCAGCGAAGUAUACGCACAACGAGCGCGUCGUGGUGCCGCUGUGCAUCACGAUGAAUCGUCUCAUGGUCGCCGGCGUCUUCGACGAGUCAUGCCACGUGGACGUGGUGGAGCUGCUCCGCCGUGAGUUGAAGCACUUCGCCACCAGCAUUCACGUGCUUUUGCCGCUCGUUGGCGUGCUUGGGGACCUCUGCCGCAGCGGCGUGCCCGAGGCACGUGUGGGGGCCUGGCGGCUCAGUCUUGUGAUGAUCGCGAGCCGCUACCCCAAAGUCCGGGCGAAGAUGGCCACCGACAUGUACACCGCCCUGCUCCUCUUCUCCUCCGUCGAGGCGUCUGCCGGCUGCGCAGGCGCGAUGCAGCACCUCGCGGCGACCCAGUGGGACGCCAGCGAGGCGGCAGCGGUGCGCCGCGCGCGGGACGCGCUUUACGGCAUGCUGGGCAUCUCCCCCCCGCCCUCCAAAGGCUCCGGCGGCAGCGAAGAGGUGGCGGCGGCGAAGGCGACGAAGAGCCGGCCGGUGGCGGGCUCGUACCUUCACCUCGUGCACGAGGCGGGGUACUGA